AUGGCCAAUCCAUCAUUCCCCUUUCUAUCUUUACCUAUCGAAAUCCGUUUGAAAAUCUAUCUUCUCCUCCUCCCACCUCGACAUCAUAAAAUCACAACACAAAUUCCACAUAAUGGAUACUACUUCCCACCCAAAUGUCUUCCUCUCUGCGCAGCCCAAUCGUUCUACCCCCUAUCUCCAGAGACCCCGGAAAAGCUCACCACUUACAAAGUCCUCUCGGCUAAUUCCCACACCGACCAUCCCAAUCCCAGCAUCCACACGCGCAUCCUAAGCGUCUGCACACAAACCAAAGAAGAAGCCGAAGAAGUGCUUUAUGGAAAUGGAAAUAGCAUCUGGGAUUUCGGUAUGCACAUCGAAGCGGUAAAGCCUUUUUGGUCGGAUAGAAGUCAGGGUGCGCGGGGAUGGGUUCGAAAUUUGAAGAUUGCGAGGGAGGUUCCGGAGUUGUUGAUCGCUGCUAGUGUUAGUGCUAGUAUUGAUGUGGUAUGGGGAAAUUUUUGUGCAUUCAUCACGCGUGAAUUAUUGGGAUUGAAGAAUGUGGAUUUGACGGUUUGGGGAAAUCCGUGGAGGGAAGAAUUGCUGGAUAGUUCUGCAGUUGGCGAGAUGGGAGAGGCGAUGUCGAUAGAUGGGGUGGGUGUGGGGGAAGCAUGCAGAUCGACAGUGAAAUCGAGGGAGAUGUGGACGUUGCGUGAUUGGGAGUAUAUGAAGGAAUUACUUGCGCAUGAAGGGCUGGGGAGUGCGAAAGUGACGUGUUGGAGGUUUAGAGAGGGGGUGAAAAGUUCCUGGGCCAAGUGGAUGUUGGAGAGUCGGUCGUUGAUGGAGGAGAUGGUUAGGGAGGGGGAGGUGGUUCAGGGUGUGUUGGUUUGGAAUGGGGGUGGAGGUGGGAGCGGGAGUGGGAACUGA